AUGGCAAAUAAUAAUCCCGAAACGCUUGCUCAGUUUUAUGGACUGUUUUUAUAUAAGAAGAAGGAUAUAAUAGCUAUUCAGAAGAAACUCGGUAUUGGCCCUGGCAAUGCAAAUGAAUUAGUAGUGCCUCCAGAUUCCGAGCUUAUGGGGAAAACACUUGCUGAUUCAUACAAAUUGUUGUUAGAAUUGGUAGGGGAUUUAAUACCGAUACAGGAGAAACUUGGUAUAGAUGUCAAUCCUGUUCUAGAAGUAGAAUAUCGAAGCAAUAAAGCUUCUGCAGAUGUUUCAUUUAGUGAAAUAUUAAAUUUGCUUAUGUAUUUGGAAGAGGAUAUAAUAGCAAUUCAGGAUGAACUCAAUAUUAUUGGUUAUUCUAAUCAAGCAAGGGCAGAAGAAGUCAAUGAGAAUGUAAGAGCACAACUCCGAAAGCUUAAGGAAUUUCACGGUCCCUUAGAAGAUGAUCCAGGCGUGAUAUUACCGAAAUAUGGUGAAAUGGGGGUAAAGAAAAUUCUGUUUACUGGAAAGGGACUACCAUUAUUUCCGAAGGUUACUCCUCAACAAUUGCACAAAAUUUUUGUAAAAAAUUUGGCUGGCACAGACCAAUGUCCAUGUCUAGAACAGGUUAGAUAA